UUCCCCCCCCCCGAAGCCCAAUCAGGGCGGGUUGGACGAAUUCAAACCCCGGCCCCGCAAAGCGCCGGCGGCGGUUCUGCUGCGCUCCAUCAGCCGGGAAGGCUGCGGAACGGGGCCGAUCCGGAUGGGCUCGGAGAGCCGCGGGGCGGGCGCGGCCCUCUCCUGCCGCCCGGAGCGCAGGUGAGGCCUGAGGGCAAACGAUAUCCAGUCUGGGUCUUCAGAGUCUGGGCUCUGAAGAUUCUUCUCCACCUUUGGGUGUAUCCUUCCCCUCCAGGAGAUGCUGCUGCCCUUGGAAGGGUGGGCACAGGGCUCAGAACCACAGAGCCCAAGAAAGCUGGAUCCUGGAGAUCUUUGCUCAGUGAUGUGGCUGUUGGGAGGCAGUCUUCUGCUUCUCCUGCAACAGCAAUGCUAGUGUACCCACACAGCUGGAGUGAGGAGCUCUCGGUCUGCACAGGAGUGAAUCCUGAGCUCCUUGGCUCAGCUUAGCAGUGCUGGUGGCUAUGGAGUGAACGGUACAGGUGGUGUUCCAGGUGCACAGCAGGAGGCUGGAGCUGGCUGCCCAAGCCCCGAUGCUCCCUGUCCUCGUGCUCUUUGCAGCUCGUGUGCCUCACCUCUGCCAUGAAUGAUGCAUCGACGAUGGAUUAUGAACUGCUGUCCCCGUCCUUGGUUGAGCACCCGGCCAGCACUGCGGGCAUGGAUGCCGAGCAGAAAACCGUCUUUGCCUUUGUCAUCUUCCUCCUCGUCUUCUUGGUGAUGCUGAUGGUGCGCUGCUUUCGCAUCCUGCUGGACCCCUACAGCCGCAUGCCUGCCUCCUCCUGGACUGACCACAAGGAGGGGUUGGAGAGGGGCCAGUUUGACUACGCCUUGGUGUAGAGGGCAGGGAUGGGGCGAGCCUGGGUGCUCCGAGUGCCUCCCACCCCAGCUGGCCCCGGCCCCGGCCCCCCCUUCCUCUGUGGUGUUGCCCCGGGCCAGCAGGGAUGUCGUGGGCAGGGAGGCGAGGUCGGGCUCUUGUCUGGGGUGGGUUUUCUAGGGGUUUCUCUCUUUUCUAAGCACUUUUCAGUUCUCUUCGCAGCCUGCAGCACUCUCGGCAAGACGCAUCAGAGGGGUGACGUGACUCCCCACGGGUCUCGCUGCCCACCGUGCCUGGGGCAGUGCUGCGUGCCGCAGAGAGGGGCAGGAGGCAGCGGGGCAGGGCAUGGCAGGACCUGCCCUCGGCCACGGCCCCCACGGCUCCUGGUCUGGGCAGCUCUGCCCUGCACCAGGCCGGGUGUUGGACCCCCACCUCCUCCUGCCUUCCGCGUCACCUCUGUCUGUGUCCUCUGGGGAGUGCUGACCGUGGCCCAGUGUGUGUGCGUGUGUGUUUCCCUGUAGCUGAGCUUUGUCUGUGAGGGGGUUUAUAGGCACCUGACCCGAGUGUUGGCUUUGUUCCUCUCUGUGUGGCAGCCUCAAAGUGCCCCCCACAAGUAAGGGGGAGAUGGAAACCCCACGUGCAGUGCCCUUCUGCCCUCCAGCCCUGCAGCCCACUCUGUGCUUUACACCAUCAUGACCGCUCCCUGCCAAACUGGUGGAAAUGGUCUGAGCAAGGUGCAGUCAUGCAGCCACUUGCAAACCUGCCUGGGAGCCCUGCGGGGAGCCCUGCAGGGAUCUAAAAUCCCCACGCAGCACUUGGGAGGUGGCUCUCAUCCAGCCCAGGCCUGGCAGUACCCAGCAGUGCCUCGCUCUGCACAUCGCUGCUCCAGCAGGACCUGGGCAGCCUGGGCGUGCUCCUGCAUCUGCCUAGCAGAAGGGCUGUGUAAGUGAGGGGAGCUAUGGCUGUCCCCAUAGCGGGGGAACCCGACUGUGGGAACCGUGCCUCUUAAGCAGGGGUGCUGCAGCUGGCCGCAGGGCUAGCUAGCAAAAGCUGUGGUGGGGUAUGGCUGUGGGCUGGCAAGUUGUGUGCUAUGGGAUCUGAACCCGUGGGAGAGAACUUCCUCCUGCUCCACGGAAAUAAAGCUGCACUGUGCUAACCCCACACAGCUUUUCCUCUGCUCUGUGAUGCGUCCCAUCGGGCACUGGGGUGUGUGGGUGCAUGUCAGUCAUUGCUGGGAGUCAUAUGAGCACUGGCACAGGGGAAGGUGCAAGGGCUGACUGCUGAGUGAUGCAAAAAAAACAAAGGCCCAAGGGCUGCUUAGGGCACUACAUAACACCCUGCUCUGGUAGGAAAGUCUUUCAGAGUCUUCUCUCUUGGAGGUGGCCAGACAGAGGUAUUAGGAGUAUGGGAUCACAUGGACAGCAAAGAAACGGGACACUGGUACCCAGCUCCUGUGAGCCUGCUUCUGCACCUUCCUUGACACCACUGGGUGCAUGGCCAAGAACCUACAUCACAGAAUGUACUGCAACAAACAUUCACUGCACGGUCCAGACAGUCCCUAUGUUGUGUGACCUCUGCUCAGCACAAUCACUAUUCAGCAAAACUACCACAAAGCAGCAAAAGUGGGUCUGCUCCACAAAGGUGCAUCAGCUGGGAAACAAGAGUGAGCACAGCGCAGCAGAGGCAGCCCCACAGCACCAGGUGAGGGGGGCAGGACAGGACUGGUGGCAGUUGGAUGUUGCACUGACAGUCUCAAACAAGGUGAGGUGCAAAAACCAUUCAAAGAAUCGAGUCAGGAGGAACAGGACACAAAGACAAGACUAGAGAUAAAGCUGCAGCACUGUUGUUCAAGGUACAGGCAACAGAUAGGGCUGGAGACAGGGCAGAAGAGAGGUGUACCUUUGAAUAUACCUCAGGUAGAGAAUGAAAGCCCAGUGCAUCCAGCACUCAGAACAUCCUCUCAACAGCCCAACAACUCAUUGCACAGCACAAUCCAAACAGUGCCCAGCAGAACUACCAUGCACAGUGCCUACUGGCUGCACAGCACACAUGCUCAGGGACAAUUCCACUCCCUUAGGCUCAUUUUCUGGAGCGAAUUGUUUUCCCAUCAAGCCUUAAGCCAUCUUGCACCAUGCAAACCAUGAGGUGUGAUACAGCAUUUCUAACUGAUGUGGUUUAACCCAGCAGCAGCUCGGCAUCACACAGCUGCUCAUUCACUGCCCCCCUUAGUGGGACGAGGGAGAGAACUGAAAACAAAAUAGAACCUGUGGGUUGAUUUAAAAACUAUUUACUAAGACAGAAAGGGAAAAUGGAAACAAGAAUAAGAUAAUAACUGUAUAUAUAUAUUUAUAUUCACAAUGCAAUCACUUGCUGCUUACCAACUGAUGCCCAGCACCCCCCACAAGCAGCAGUUGCCUCCUGGCCAGUUCCUCACAGCUUUGUGCCCUUCUGGAUGAAGUCACUUGGGAUGGAUUCUCCCUACAUCCUGGUUCUGCUGUGCCCCCUGAGCAGCUCCCAGCAGGACUGAGAUCUGCAUGCAAGCACCAGCCCAUCCCCAUGUCCAUGCACCCAAUGGCUGCAUACUGGGCCACCAGUUCUGCCUGGGCUGGUGGGAUGCAUGGAACAGAGCAAGGGACAUACAUGGAGGAUGGGGAAGUGGCACAUGGUGGCCAUGGGGGCAAUGAGCCUUGCAGCACAGUGUGAUCCCCCAGGACACCCCUAGCCCUGCAGGGCAGCAAUGCUGAGGGGACCCAAGCUGUACAUGGAGGUGGCUGAGCUGCUUAUGCAGGUUGGGUGGCUGUGAUGUGAAGACUUGAAGUGACUGUUGGUGCAGGUUUGAGAAAAUGGACAAAAACUCUGGUGAGUGUCCAUCACAUUGUAGAAGCACUGCACUCUGUCCUGGAAAGAGUGAAGGAUGGAGAACAUCAUGAGUGGGACCAUGGUCACCAACUGCUUCUGGAAGCGCCACCAUGUUGUUGUUUAACUAAUAUGCACCACUCUCUGCCUUAAUUUGAUAAUUACCAUGGAUGUUAGAUUUUGGAAUAUGGGGGAACACUAAGCUCAUCUUCCAUACUCACAAGAUAUAUAUGCAUUUGAUGUGACUGAUAAUCCUCACAAGACACUCCUCAUUCCUUCUGAAUAUCAUGUAGCUUGAGUGAUUACAAUCACAGGGUAGAAUAUGUGGGAUAAUAGCUUAAGGUGUAGCACUGUUCACUGGAAAUUAAGGUACGGGUCAUUCACAGGUGCACAAGAGCAGAGUGCAACCUCUAUGCCACUAAAUUGCACAGAAGGUGCAAUUUAGAGUGGAGUAGAGCUCCACAGCCAAGUGCUGUGACCUACAGUAGUUCCCUAAGCAGCACAAGGUGUCAAUAACAUCAAGAGAACUGAUGUACUGACUUCAACAAGAGCAGUGCUAGGAUGGGAACUUUGUGGUGCUAAACUACUUCCCCAAGUCUGUCAUCUUCUUGACAAAAAGCUGUCUUUGGGUGAACUUUGCUCAUUAUACACUUAUUAUAAUACCAAAACACACCUCCGUCGCAAAGGCUGCCUGCCUCCAAGGCAUGACCACCCCUCACUGAGCAUGAGCCCUGGAGAUGUUUAGGGCCAGGUUGGAUGGGAACUCUGGUCAUUCUGAUCUGGUGGUUGGAAAGCAGCCCAUGGCAGGGGUGUUGGAUCUCAGUGAUCUUUUAGAUUCCUUCCAACCCAAGCCAUUCUAUGAUUCUAUGAUAAAAGUGGGUCAAGAAGGAGGGAAGAUUAAGGAAGAUGCCAUUGCAGACAGGUCAGACAUGGCCUAUAUGUCAUCUCUGGGAUCUGCCAAGGGGCUGAACCUCUCCUCCCCCCCAUAGGGACUCACCUUGGGUAAGAUUUGCACACUUGGCUAUGCUGAGUGCUUCCCUAGGAAACUUAGUAGUCUCUAUGGAGUUGUUUUAUACCUUAGGAUGCUGGUGGUCAGGCUGUAUUACACUUAGUUCUUUGCAGAUGCUUUGUAUUAUUCUUGGUUAACCUCAUACACUUGGCAGACAGUGAAUUCUUCACUGGCAAUCCAAAGAACCUGUCAUCCAUUGCUAGUAAACUGCACUGUUCACUAAGCCAGCCGUGUGAGUUUUGAUUGGACACAGCCAAAAUUCCUUCAGUGCUCUGGCUGUGUGUGCGUGCACACAGGUGCCCCAUGUUCCCCUUCACACCAGCACAGCACUUAGUGCUGCUUAUCCUAUGCAAGUUUCCUUUUGGCUUUGUUUCCUGACCAGUCAUUAUGUCUUUAUGUCGUCUGCUUCCAUCACCGUUAGCUUCAUCCAGAGAAUGGCAGGGACUCUGCUCUGCCCCACACUCACCCCACUCCCAGAGCCAUGCUGGUUGCUGGCAUCACUGCGGGUCUUCUGGAGCUGCGGUGCUUCUGUCAUGGUUCACCAAAAUCAGGCUCACGGCUGCAGUGUGAGGCUAUGCAAAGAACCAGGGCUUGGGGUGAAGACCUCAGUGGAGCUCCAUGGGGUGGGCUGGAGGCAUCUCAGGGCCUUGGGCUGAAGGAGAACCUGUUGCAUGGAUCCUACCCACAAGAAGGGCCCUUAUUCCCUGUUCCCAAAGCUCACUGGUGAUGCCAGGGCCUUCCUCCCCGCUCUGCAGCCUGCUGGCAUUGUGCUGUUGCCCAGGCUUUUGGUACAGCUGCAGCAGGCAGGAGGGGGCCCUGCUGGGGGCCAGGGGCUCCAAGGACAUCGCUGUUCCCAUGGGGCAGCGGGGGGCUGAGUGCUGAGCACUCCCAGCCAUGCUCCUCUCCUCGCAGCCUCACAGGACGUUGGCAGGGUCACUGCCAUGGAUGAGGCCAUAAGCAGGGGGUGACCCGCAGCCCCUCCUGCUGGACCCUGAGGCUGGGAGGCCUUGUCCUCGUCCUCUGCAGCUGCUCCACAGCCCAGCACUUACAGCACGAAGAGGCACUGCUACCCAGCACUGGUUGGCAUAGCAGCCCAUCUCAACCCCCUCACAUUCACCAGUAAUGUUUUUUCUUCACUUGUGUGUUGGUUUGGAGGUUGGCACACGCACAGUGCUACGUAGUGGGAUUGCAAUUCCAACUAGAUGAGAACGGAAUGUUUUAAGUUUCAUAAAUAAAACUCACAAUCAUCUUGAAUUCUGUCAAUUUACUCAUUUACGACUUGAACAGCAAUGUCUGCACUACCACCCUUCAUGUGGGCAGAGCUUUAAUGCAGGCCUGCUGAAGCUUGCUGAUCCAAUAACCAACUAAAGCCUUGUAAACGUUCAGCCUUAACAACAGUCACCUCUUCUGUCUUCAAUCAUCAGCUCUCCUUUUUCUGGCCUCUAGCAGCAACCCAGCUGUACAAUCUGUCCAUCUGCUUCUGGCUAUUUUCAGAGAGGUCAAAGGUGUCGAUUUAGUGACUCAGAUCUUCAUCCCAAGCAGCAGGUAAGACACCUCAUUCUGGGGGCCAUGUUUCAUUGAUAAGGGUAAGAGAGAUGUGAAUCAUUGCUGGAAGAACAUUUUUUCGGGUUAUGCCCUGUUCUGGGCAAAUGUGCUUUCAAAGCAGGGAAAAACACAGCGUGGGAAGAAGCUGCUAUUCCUCUGCAGUCUGAUGGGCAAUGAUGCUGGUUUCAUUUCUUUUAAAU